CAACCCCUCAGCACGCCUGCGCACAGAAAUAGAAGAUGGCGGAGAGUGCGGACCUGAAGCAAAUGGUGAUGAGCCUACGGGUGUCGGAGCUGCAGGUACUGCUAGGCUACGCUGGGCGCAACAAACAUGGACGCAAGCACGAGCUGCUGACCAAGGCGCUCCAUCUGCUGAAAUCCGGCUGCAGUCCCGCUGUGCACAUGAAAAUCAAAGAGCUCUACCGAAGACGCUUCCCUGCCAAAAUGAUAUCCCACUCAGAGCUGGCGCUGACUGGGCCGCAUCAUCCGGCCUCAGUCGGAGUGGUGGCAGGAGGCGGGGCGGCGCUGCCCGCUGGCCUGACGCAGCUGGCGUAUGAGGGCCAUGCCGGACACGGCGGCGCUUCGUCCCCCGCCGCCUUACUGCCCCUCUCGUUGCUCGGGCCUGGCAAGCACGAGCUGACCGGGCUGGCGCACCACCUGCCCACCUCGGCCACGCUGCACCCGGUCCACCCAGACGUCAAGCUCCAGAGGCUGCCGUUCUACGACCUGCUUGAUGAACUCAUCAAGCCGACAAGCCUUGCGUCAGACAACAGCCAGCGGUUUCAGGAGACGUGUUUCGCCUUCGCGUUGACGCCGCAGCAGGUCCAGCAGAUCAGCAGCUCUAUGGACAUCUCGGGGACCAAAUGUGACUUCUCGGUUCAGGUUCAGCUCCGGUUUUGUCUGUCGGAGACGAGCUGUCCUCAGGAAGACCAUUUCCCCUCCAAUCUUUGUGUCAAAGUCAACGGGAAGCCAUGCAACUUGCCGGGUUAUCUUCCUCCAACCAAAAAUGGCGUCGAGCCUAAGCGGCUGAGCCGGCCGAUCAACAUUACCUCACUCGUCAGAUUGUCCACUACAGUCCCAAACACCAUCGUGGUUUCGUGGACGGCAGAGAUUGGGAGGAAUUACUCCAUGGCUGUUUACUUGGUGAAGCAGCAGUCAUCCACGGUGCUGCUGCAGAGACUGCGAGCAAAAGGCAUCAGAAACCCUGACCACUCCAGAGCUCUCAUCAAAGAGAAGCUGACAGCAGACCCCGACAGUGAAAUAGCUACAACCAGCCUGCGCGUGUCGCUGCUCUGCCCGCUGGGGAAGAUGAGGCUGAUGAUCCCAUGCAGGGCGCUGACAUGCUCCCAUCUCCAAUGCUUCGACGCAACGCUUUACAUUCAGAUGAAUGAGAAGAAACCCACCUGGGUUUGUCCUGUCUGUGACAAGAAGGCCCCUUAUGAGCACCUAAUUAUCGAUGGACUUUUUGUAGAGAUCCUCAACAGCUGCUCAGACUGCGAUGAGAUCCAGUUUAAGGAGGAUGGCAGCUGGGCCCCCAUGAGGUCUAAGAAGGAAGUGCAGGAGGUCUCCUCGGCUUCUCUUAACAACGGGCUGGAUGGCUCCUGUCGGACAUCCGAAGGCUCCGAUCAGCACAGCUCCUCCUCCUCCAGCCACAGCGACAGCAGCAGCAGCAAAAAGGUGGAAGUGAUCGACCUGACACUCGACAGCUCCUCGGACGAAGACGAACCAGAUUCCCCGCCGCCUCCUCCUCCAGCGCUGCCUCCUCCAAUCAAAAGAGCUUGUCCUUCCCUGUCCCCGACCUCGCCGCCAGUCAUUAACAAAGGGGUGUUGAACCUACACCACCAGGCCUCCCCUGUCAGCCGCACCCCCAGCAUGCCUGCCAUGGACAACAGCUACAUCCCCCCAGUCCCUCCACUCAUCCAGGACUACAGACCCUACUACCACACCCCCAACGAGCUGUCAGAGUUGAACUUCUUCUCUUUUCUCCAAGGAGACAAUCAUCAGCAUUACAACAUGGUCAUGGCAGCAGCAGCGGCUGCCUCAGCCUCAGACGACCACGAGCUCCUUCUGAACCGCUUCCUGCCCUACAGCACCUCCUCGUCAGCCUCCCAGCUGUUCCUUGACCAAUCAGGUACCCCCUCAGCCCCCUCGCUGACGGCUCCCACCAACGGGGUGAGCAACACGGGCGGUGGCCUGGUGUCAUCCAGUAGCCUUCGAGACACUCACUCCUCACUGUCGUCCUCACACGCGGCCUCUCACCCCUCACACACUCACCCCGGGGUGGUGGGCGGUCGAAGCAGCGCCGAGGCAGCGGUGGCAGCCAUCUACGGCGGGAUUCCUGACGUCAUAUCGCUGGACUGACCCCAAAGGGGUGUAAGCACUCCGGGCCCAGCUUCUGAAUGCAGUAACAAACCUGACGCCAUGCCGACCGCACGGUAACGUUUGAAUCCAGAGAUUAGACCGGCCCCCAGUCUUUGGAGCCACACGGUGGAAGCUGCUUGGAGGAGAGCACCAGACACCUGAGUGGGUAACAUCUCUUUUAGGCUGCAGAUGUAGACUUGGCGAUGCUGAUCCCAGAUAAGGAAUCAGUUUGGACCACUUUAGUUCUGGUACCAACUCGGCACAAACAGCAGAGAUGCUGCCUGAGCUCAAACGCAAGGUUGGAAGGUUCUUCGUUUUUCUUUUUGUGAAAAAAACCCCAAGACGCAGCACCGUGUACAGAGAACAAAGUCUAUUUUCCUCCUUUACUUUUGUAUGUCAGGAACAUUUUCCCAGCGGUGAGCUGCUUCUGUUGCUGUUUGCAGCUGGAGGAAUGAAUCAUCUCCUCUUUCUAGCAGAAAACACCUGCUGCCAUGUCCUCUCCUCUUUUUAAACUCCACCUUCGACCAUAACCUGAGUUUUCCUCCUUUACUCUUCAAGCUCAUUGUGUAUUAUUUCUCUAAUAAUGUUGGAUUUACAGUUGAAUCAUAUUGUAGUAGUUUUGAUAUUCUUUUAACUUAUGUGUAAUAUUUAAACAGUGAUAUAUGCAUUCCCUUUGACUUUCAGGUUGAUCUUCCUGUUUUAUUUUCACUCCUUGUAAAGAAUCUGCUGGCGUUCAACAUUUAAACUAUUUAUUUUUGCCAAUUUAGACAUUUAGCUGAGCUGAGUUUUCCUUAUUUUUUCUUUCCUUUUUUUUUUUUUUUUUGCACAAUGCCAAAAAAAGUAGGUACAAAUGAAAGUGAUCUGAGUGCUGUUAAAUGCCAGUGUUUUCUUUUUUUUCUUCUCCGUAUUGGUCGUGCUGACUGUUAAAAAAGGAGCUCCCGCUGAUGCUGCCGUAGCAACGUCAGGCGCCCACAGCAUGCGACCAAGCUUUAACCAGUGCCUGUUUAUGUGCGUUUGAGAAACUUUAAGGUCUUAAAAUCUUCUCCUUCAACUUCCUCACGUCUCGACUGGCGUUCUCACCCAUCUAGGAAGAUCGUUUUUGGGCGACGUACUCGUGGGGCUGUCUCGAGAGCGUCUGCGUGUCUGUGCACGCACGGUUCGCUCGUGAAUGUACAUUUUUAUUCGUCUUUAUCCAAACUGUGUGGGAGCGCUCCUCAGAUAUGACCCCCCCUCCCCUCUGUCCUGUCAUCCUUUAAGUGUUCCCAGUGUCUGCUGUUAUGAGCGUCUCUUUGACAUCUCUCUUCCAUUCUCCGGAGACAGCCAGUGUCUAAUUAUCCCAGCGAUGGUGAGAUAAUGAGCACUGACAGCAGCGACCAUCACCUCACAUCUCCCGUCCCAUUCCUCGAUAACUUCCUUGGCAUUUCUAGCUUCAUUCCCUGUUUUUCUCAUGGGAACCAACUCCUGCCGCCCAAAAGGACUCCAUCAUCUGCUGGAACAAAUUCUCCUUUAGUGUAUUUUCUGUCUUUAUCAGUAUUUUAUUUAUUUUUUCUCUUUUUUAUUAGUCCUCUUGUCUGUGUAUCCUUUUUUUUUUUUGGUUUUUUGCUCGUUGGCUGAAAGAAAGUAUGAGUCACUGUCAUGUCGGAGCCGCUUGUGAAAUAGAUUUUAUUUAAUAUGCGUUAAAUGAUCAUUUGCCAGCAGCACGACUACUCAGAAAGGUGCUGUUGUGAUGAUUCUCCAGGGAAAUAAAUGCCACUGUGCAUUUU